AUGGUUCGAUUAAAAGAAAUUUGGUUACAUGAACAUGUACCGGUGUUUGUACGUCCAAUUACUAUUCUUGUUUUAUCAAAUAAUAGUGGUUUAAUUGAGCCAAUUUUAAAUGCUGUAUCACUUCAUCAAAUAAAGAAAAAUUCCAAAUUAUCAUCAAGAAAUUAUUUCUUACGUGAAUUUGGUACAGAAAGAAGUGAACAAUAUUUAACAGCCGUCAAAAAUUUUGUACAAAGUAAUGCUGCUUAUUCAAUUAUUUGUUAUUUAUUACAAGUUAAAGAUCGACAUAAUGGAAAUAUUUUAUUAGAUGAUGAAGGUCAUGUUAUUCAUAUUGAUUUUGGUUAUAUGCUAUCUGCAACACCUAAAAAUCUCGGUUUCGAAAGUUCACCAUUUAAGAUAACACAAGAAUUUGUUGAUAUUAUGGGUGGAUUACAAAGUGAUAUGUAUGGUUAUUAUAAAAUACUUAUUCUUCAAGGUUUAUUAGCAGCUAGAAAACAUAUGGAUAAAUUGAUGCCUAUUGUAGAAAUAAUGCAGCAUGGUUCACAAUUGAAUUGUUUUUCCAAAGGAAAUGUCACAUUAGGUUUACGUGAACGAUUUCAUCUAAAUAUGACAGAUGAACAAUUAGAAUUUAAUGUAGAAAAAAUGGUUGAAAGUAGUCUAAAUUCUUUGACAACAAGAGUUUAUGAUACAUUUCAAUAUUAUACAAAUGGUAUAAGUAAAUGA